CUCUUAGGGUGUAGUCUGAUUCCCUUCAAACACUGUGGCUACUACUGUUGUGGACAGAGUCUUCAGUGAAGAGGGAAGGAAAGGAGAGGCUGGAGCGUUGGAAGGGGAGGACUGCUAAAGUCCUGCAGGGAAGGAUUGUUUUUUAGUGAGAGAAGGAAGUCUGUUACUGUGGCUGCUGCUGACAGACUGUCUUCAGUGAAGAGGGAAGGAAAGGAGAGGCUGGAGAGCUGGAUGAGGUCUGCUACAGUCUAGUUGGAGAAAAAGCUAGAGGGUUCUGAACAGAAGACGGGGUUCUGAACAGAAGACGGGGAUCUGAACAGAAGACAGGGAUCUGAACAGAGAAGGAGAAGAUGAGACUGGUGAUGGAGUUUUUAUUAAAGCUAAAUGAUAGAGCUCAUGAAUGUGUUGCAGAAAAUACUGGUAACUCACUGCAUGACUAAGUACCACUUCUGGUUAUUUUUUCCAUGCUGAUGUUUCGUCCCCUCACAAAACAUUUUGGUGGCAUAUGGUAUCCCCAUCAACACCUUCAGCUUUUGGAGGACUUUUCAAAGAAUAUAACUACUCAAACUUCCAUCAGCUUUUACAGUGGCUACAAAAAAAGAGGAAAAUCAUUUUGAAUAUGUAUUUUUUUAAUAGUUGGAUUUAGAUGCCUUAGUUAUUUUCCUCUGGAGCAGACGCAGAGUGUUUCUGGAGGUGUACGAUUGUACUGUUUCCCAUCAACACUGAAUGGCCACAUUGUGUUGGACUAACACAGCAUUACCUGGAUUAGAGACAGAUUCAAGUACAUUAAAGUGAACGGUGUGUGGGGGGGGGGGCGAUCACUGGAUCUGCUUUGGAACGGAAUCAUAUUAGAUGUUAUGAUUUAUUUUUUGAUGAUUUAAACCUGGAUAAAGAUCUCAAACAUGGAUGGAGUAAACACUGCUGCUGCUCAGGGGAAGGUCUCUUCCAACUCCACCAUAUUCACCCGCUCCGACCGCUCCGAGUUCCAGCUGCCUGAUGUCGAGACGCCGGUCCUGAAGUUCUUCCGGACUCUCUCUGAAGAGACAGACACUUCUCCCGGGAACGUCAACAGCAGUCAUGGAACAUCUGUUGAAGUCAAUGGAACUGAGAGGACAGCAGGGGAUUCAAGUGCAGUAGGUGUGGUGCAGAAGAAUGGAGAAUCCACCACCCCCACCACAGUUGUACGGACCAAUGAGAGAGAGAAAGUAUUUGGAACAGAGGGCUGCAUGGAAUUGGAGUCUGUCGAUGGGAUGCCACCAGGGACUAGCUGUUCUGUGGAUUGUGACAGGAAUGGAGGUCUGGCUCAAUGGAUUCCAGAAGCACAGAGUGACAUCAUGGACUUAGAGGAGGAAGAUGCAAAUGGUAAAUGUCUUGUCCAGUCAAAGGACUACAUCGCAGAAAAGAAGACCCAUUUACAAGGAUAUGGUGGGUCAACAGACCAAUCGGAUGGCUGCAUUCCAGAAAGGACAUCUCACUUACAAGGAUAUGUGGGGCCAAUGGAUUCUUUAAAAAAUGAACUGAGAGUGUCCAUAGACAAACAUAGGAACAGUGGAGUAUCAGAAGACUGCAGUAGGGAGGAGCCUAUAGACACAGACACACAGUGUGCUACAGGCAGCACCAAUCAGGACGUAGACACUGACUGUCCCAGUACAGACCAGUCAGAGACAACUGACCAACAACGUCUGUACAGAUCCACAGACAAAAUUCAUCAAGAUAUGUUAAAAAGUGAUGAAAUCACUAACACUGAUGACAAAUACAACGCAAAGGAUGUUCGCAACAACACAGAGGAAUCUACAGACAAGCACAACAUACUGACCUGGUUAACAGACAGUGAAACCAAUCCAGCAAGCAGCAGUACACAGGAAACAUAUACAGGUGAUAAGCAAAUCCAAGACUUACCGACACCUGAAGAUGAUUUGACCAGAGACCAUGCUAACCCUACUGCAGUAAGUGCUGGUAAACCUCAAGACUUACCGACACCUGAAGAUGAUUUGACCAGAGACCUUGCUAACCCUACUGCAGUAAGAGCUGGUAAACCUCAAGACUUACCGACACCUGAUGAUGAUUUGACCAGAGACCUUGCUAACCCUACUGCAGUAAGAGAUGGUAAACCUAAAGACUUACCGACACCUGAUGAUGAUUUGACCAGAGACCUUGCUAACCCUUCUGCAGUAAGAGCUGGUAAACCUCAAGACUUACCGACACCUGAAGAUGAUUUGACCAGAGACCUUGCUAACCCUACUGCAGUAAGAGCUGGUAAACCUCAAGACUUACCAACACCUGAUGAUGAUUUGACCAGAGACCUUGCUAACCCUACUGCAGUAAGAGCUGGUAAACCUCAAGACUUACCGACACCUGAAGAUGAUUUGACCAGAGACCUUGCUAACCCUACUGCAGUAAGAGCUGGUAAACCUCAAGACUUACCAACACCUGAUGAUGAUUUGGCCAGAGACCUUGCUAACCCUUCUGCAGUAAGAGCUGGUAAACCUGACACCAGUGGAACACCAUCUUCCAACAACACAACUGUGAUUCUAACCAUGAUCAGGACUGAACCUGUUUCUGAGGAGCAGCAGCAUACAGUCGCUGAAACGGAGACUGUUGUUGGUACUACAGGACAGACUGAGGAGCCAGGAUGUGGGUCUAGCAUUGAGGUGAAGAUGAGAGGGGAGACCUACCCACACUCAGAUUCAGACAGUAUCACUGGGGCAGUAUUGGAGACAGGGGAGGCCGAUACUGGGAAUGCCAGGGUGGUGUCUUGUCCCUCUGAAACUAUGCUGUCCUCUGAAGUGAUAGAGAGAGCACCUGCAGAGGCAAAGUCUACAGCCGGGCCUUCUCACCCAACAAGUCCCCAGGGGCCAACCUCAACCCCAGGUCCAACCAGUGGCCCUCCAUGUGGCACCACCUCCAUCCGAGCCACCUUCUCCCUCGGUUCCCCGGUGGAGAAGCCCCUCCAGCUGCCUGCCCUCUUCAGUGGUCUGAGGACCCUAAAGAAGGAAGCGGCAGUGUCGGAUCAGGACAUAGUGGCCCUGAUCAAACCACCAUCACCAUCAGACCCGGGUGUGAACAAGCCUGUGAGGAGAGAGCAGAAGACGGUUCGCAGGAGGCAGGGGACUUUCUUGGACCAGCUCUCCCAGUUCCUGAACAUGGAGAAGGAUGAUAUCAGUAAGAUGAAGGAGUCUACAGGAGAGGAGAGUAAGGAGUCUACAGGAGAGGAGAGUAAGGAGUCUACAGGAGAGGAGAUGAGGGAGUCUACAGGAGAGGAGAGGAAGGAGUCUACAGGAGAGGAGAGGAAGGAGUCUGAGCCGUCAGAAGAGUCUAAAGAAUUCAGCGAUGAACCUGAGGAAGUGAGGGAGGUGAAAGAGAAGACAGAGAAGGAUACAGAGACAGAAAAGACAGACCAGGAUACAGAGAAAGAGAAGACUGAAGGACUGUCUGUGAUAAAGCCUCCGGAAUCUUCAGAACCUUCUGAGACUCUAGAACCUAAGGAACCUCAGAAGCCUCCCUCCAGGGCGGAGGUGGCAUUUGAUGAGUUCAAGGCCUUUUUCGUCCCCAGGCCCCUGAGGCGGGACCAGGAUGCAGUGAAGCGGAAGGCCUGGAUCUUUGAGAGAACCUUCAAGACUCCUGAAAAGAAAACGGAUUCAAAAUUGCGGGUGUCGACCCCAGGUGAUGGAGAGGACCGGUCCACGCCAGGCCGUCUGCAGGCCAUCUGGCCCCCAACUAAGGAGGAGAAAGUGGGACUGAAAUACACAGAAGCCGAACACCAGGCAGCCCUCCUGCAGCUGAAGAGAGAAUGCAACGAGGAGAUGGAGAAGAUACAGGAGGACUUUGGAAAGCAGCUGCGCCAGGUGAGAGGGGACAAUGAGGAGCGUGUAUUCCACCUGGAGUGCAACCUGGCCCGGCUACAGAGCGACCUGGCCCUGGGUGCACACCACCGUCGUGGAGACCUCCGAGACGUUGCCGUAUCCACGGGAGAUGACCUCUCACAACGGACCGUCCACAACGUGUGCGUCCAGACGGACCGUCAAACCUUUAUCAGAACCCUUGAGGAUGAGGAGGGAGGUGUCAGGCUGGGCCCCCAACCCCCCCUCAAUGUGCCUAAGAGACUGGGCCUGGCUUCUAUCAGUCUAAAUCUGUCUGGACAGGCUACCUCUCCCUCUUCUCCCUCUUUUCCCCCCCUUCUCCCUCCUCCACCUCCUCCUCCUCCUUUCCCAAAACAGACCCAGGGACUUGACGGCCCUCCACCGCCACCAGGCUGUGUUCCCCCUCCCCCUCCAGGUGUGUUGGUGGAUAAACCCCACAGGAAGCCUGCUGUGGAACCAGCCUGUCUCAUGAAGCCUCUCUACUGGACCAGGAUACAGAUACAGGACAAUAAGGACACACUGUGGAACUCUCUUGUGGAACCCGACAUCAUCAACACCACAGAGUUUGAAGAUCUGUUCUCCAAGACCACCUUGCAGACCAAGAAAAAACCUCUGUCAGAGGCCUAUGAGAAGAAAGCCAAGGCCAAGAAGGUCAUCAAGCUGCUGGAUGGUAAGCGUUCCCAGGCUGUAGGGAUACUCAUCUCUAGUCUGCACCUGGAGAUGAAUGACAUACAGCAAGCUGUGCUGACGGUGGACAACUCCAUCGUGGACAUGGAAACCAUCCAGGCCUUAUAUGAAAACAGAGCCCAGCCCGAUGAGCUGGAGCAGAUAACGAGACACUACCACACUUCAGAGGAGGAACUGAUCAAGUUGCUGGACAAACCUGAACAGUUCCUCUAUGAGCUAUCUCAGAUACCAGACUUCCCAGGCAGAGCUUCAUGUAUCAUCUUCCAGUCUGUCUUCAUAGACGCCAUCGCCUCCGUACAGCGGAAGGUUGACAUCGUCUCUCGCGUCUGCAAGGAUCUGUUGGAGACCUCCAGUGUGAGGGAAGUAAUGGGUCUGGUUCUAGCUCUGGGGAACCACAUGAACGGGGGCAACAGGACCAGAGGACAGGCUGACGGCUUCGGGCUGGAGAUCCUGCCCAAACUGAAAGACGUCAAGAGCAGGGACAAUCGAAUCAGUCUGGUCGACUACGUGGUAUCAUACUAUCUCCGCAAUCUGGAUGAGAACGCUGGGACAGAGAGAAGUGUCUUCCCUCUCCCCGAGCCUCAGGAUGUGUUCCUGUCAGCCCAGGUCAAGUUUGAAGACAUCACCAAGGAGCUGAGACAGCUGAGACGGGACCUGACAGUGUGUGAGAAAGGUGUUCAGAAGGUGUGUUCCAGCUCUACAGACGAGCACCUCCAGCCGUUUAAGGACAAGAUGGAGGCGUUCGUUCUGAUUGCGCAUAAAGAACAUGAUGACGUGCAUGCCCAGUUGAUGUUUGCACAAAAAAGCUUCCAUGAGCUGGUGACGUUCUUAGGGCUGAAGCCCAAGACAGGAGAGACCGAGGUGGCGACAGGUCACUUCUUCAUGCUGUGGUUUGAGUUCUGUACCGACUUCAUGACCAGGUGGAGGAGAGAGAACAAGAAUAUCUCCAAAGAGAGACUGAAAGAGGCUCAGCUGUCGGUGAAGAAGAUUACAGCAGACAAGAAGGUGGAAACUAGGAAGAUCAACCCUAACAGUCUGAAAGAGAGACUGCGCCAGAAAGAAGCCAACAUGGUGGCCACAAGCUGAGAGACAGAACAGAGAAGAACAGGACAGAGAAGAGAAGACAUUAAUGAGAAGAGUAAUGGGUUGAUUUGUGAGGGGACUGGGGACUCCUCCCACCUUCUCCCGUCA